AUGAUCCGAGCCCAAAACGUGCCUCAGGAGUUUUCCGCCAUGGUUGACUCUAUCCAGCGCAACCCUUUCUUGUUUGACAGGAUCGGCCGCAAUUACCAGCACAACUUGGUCUGGCACAAGUUCAUCGAGCUGAACCCCGAUGAUGCCGUUUCUUUUCUCAGUCGGGGCGAUGCCAAGUACAAGUUGGGCAACUACGAAGCGGCCAUCGCAGAUUACGACAAGGCCAUCGAGCUGAACCCCUUGCACGCCGCUGCUUUUCUCAGUCGGGGCGAUGCCAAGGACAAGCUGGGCAACUAUGAAGCGGCCAUCGCAGACUACGACAAGGCCAUCGAGCUGAACCCCAAAAAUGCCGCUGCUUUUCAUUGGCGGGGGCUUGCUAAGUACAACUUGGGCAACUAUGAAGCGGCCAUCGCAGACUGUGACAAGUUCAUCGAGCUGAUCCCCACUUGGGCCGUUUCUUUUCUCAGUCGGGGUGUGGCCAAGUACAAGAUGGGCAACUAUGAAGCAGCCGUCUCAGACUGCAACAAGGCCAUCGAGCUGGACCCCAAGCGUGCCACAAAUUUUCAGUGGCGUGGCCUUGCUAUGUACAACUUGGGCAACUAUGAAGCAGCCAUCGCAGACUACGACAAGGCCAUCUUGCUGAACUACAAACAUGCCACCGCCUUUCACAGCCGGUGCGUAGCCCAGCACGACUUGGGCAACUACGAAGAAGCCAUCGCAGACUACGACAGGGCCAUCGAGCUGAACCCCAAACAUGCCGCUGCUUUUCACAGCCGGGGUGUUUCCAAUUACAACUCGCGCAAGUAUGAAGAAGCCAUAGCAGACUGCGACAAGGCCAUCGAGCUGGACCCUGAGCGUGCCACUACUUUUCACUGGCGAGGCCUUGCGAAGCACAACUUGGGCCACUAUGAUGCUGCCAUCGCAGACUACGACAAGGCCAUCUUGCUGAACCCCAAACAUGCCGCUACUUUUCAACGGCGGUACGUUGCCAAGUGGAAGUUGGGAAAGUUUUGCGCCGCCUUCGCAGACUACUACAAGGCCGUCGAGCUGGACCACGAGCGCAGCGUUGAUUUUUUAAACAGGGGCGAUGCCAAGUACAAGUUGGGCAACUAUGAAGCGGCCAUCGCGGACUACGACAAGGCCAUCGAGCUGAACCCCAGACAUGCCGCUGCCUUUUACAGCCGGGGCGAUGCCAAGAGCAACAUUAUGGCGGAUGCUUUUCGCGGCCGGGGUCUUGCCAAGCAAAACUUGGCAAAGUACGAGGCAGCCAUGGAGGACUUUGAAAGAUCCAUCGGGCUGGAGACCGGAAAUCCUUGGACAUGGUACUUCUGUGGCAUCUGUGCAGGGAAAGCUGGCUGGCAUGAGAGGGCAGCUCAGGACUGCAGCAAGGCCAUGCAGCUGGAUCCGAACUUUGCAGAGUUGUCUCGCAAGCGUCGUCCGGCUGAACGCCUUUCCUCUGAGGAGCCCCAGAGUAAAAGAGCGAGACAUCUGGAGAAGGCCAUUGACAAGGCGAUCAAUGAUUUGCAUACCUUACUUGCCGAGUGUCCUGAAGCAGUGGACUCAGCUCUCACGUUUCAGCGCUCCUGCUGUGUGCAUCCGGAAACCUUCUUCGAAGUCAUCAGCAGCGAGUUUGGGACGAUCUUCGUUCCAGCCAGGUCUUUGUUCCAAGGAGCCCAGGUGAUCGCAGCCAAUGGGAAAGUGGCCGAAGUGCUUCAUCCACCGGAGCAACACCGGGUCCCUGCCGUGAUUGAGCUGCAGGCUCAUGGUGGUGAGCCCGGAUCAUCGCAUCCUCGUUCCCGGAACCUCUGGCAACACAACAGUCCAGGCCAAAGACUUGCAGCAGCACGGUGGCGUCGCCAAGCCCAAGAUUUUCUUAGAAGUUGUGUUGUUGCUGCUAUUGUUGUUUCUUUGCUGUCCACGCGCAGAUAUUUCUGCUCCUCUUGUGGACCCAUUUGCUUUCCUAGGUCAUUCUGGCAGAUGGCACGCGCACCACGCUCACAUCGGUGGAGUGGAAGAAUGAGCCCAGCAUGGUGCUGA